GUCCUCAUCUUACAGCCUGGAUCAGUUUCCUGAGCGGCUCAGCAGCCGGCAGAGUUCAGCUGCCGUCGUCCGCUCACACUGAGGCACGAUGGCUAAGUUCCUGACUCAGGAUCAGAUUAAUGAGUUUAAGGAGUGUUUCUCUCUGUACGACCGUCAGAGGAAAGGGAAGAUCGAAGCCCGGGAGCUGAUAACAGUGAUGCGAUGCCUCGGGUCAAACCCCACCCCCUCCGAGGUCCAACGACACCUGCUGAGCCACAACACAGAUCGGGGCGGAGAGCUCGACUUCUCCACCUUCCUGAGCGUCAUGCACCGGCAGCUCCAGCAGGAGGCGCCGGAGGAGGAGAUCCUGGAGGCCAUGAGGAUGGCCGACAAGGAGCAUAAGGGCUUCAUCCUGGCCUCGGAGCUGAGAGCCAAACUCACCGGCCUGGGAGAGAAGCUGACCGACAGAGAGGUGGACGAGCUGCUGAGGGAGGCGGGAGUCGGGGCCGAUGGGCGGGUCCACUGCGAGCAGUUUGCUAAAGCAGUAACUCGCUGCUCUGCGAGGCGCUGACAUCACCACCGACAUCACUGCUGUGAAGACGUUCAUUCUAUGUUCUGUCAGUUUAAUAUUCAGUG